UUCAUUCAAGUUGCCCAGUUAUCAGUUUUCCUCCUAAGAACCAUAAGUUAUUUGUGUGAAUGUAAGCAGCAGUGCACUAGGCAGUCAUAGACUGGUAGCACAAUGGCUACAGUACAUGUGUUGUGCCCAGCCCCAAGGCUGGGCGCUUGCCUGGUUGCUGGUUCACAGCUUCCCCUGGGCUCUUUGGCCAUCAACAGAGCAUCUUCAUUUGCAUGCAGAGAGCCAAGGAGAGGCUGCCAGCACAUUUGCCGAAGGAAGGCAAUGUACAGACCGAUCCUCAGCAGGCGGCAUUCAAUUUCAUCGGACGGCAACUCUGAACAUCAGCUUACCCCACUUACACCUCUGGAGACCAUCGGACAGUUCUAUAGUUGCAUCAACAGUAAGGACUUGAAGGAGCUUAGCGAACUCAUCUCAAAUGAUUGUUUUCUUGAAGACUAUUCUUUCAUCAAAGCAUUCGAAGGAAAAGAGGAAGUAAUGUGUUUCUUUGAACAGCUCAUGGAAAGCACAGGUUCAAACGUAAAAUUCAGCAUCGAAAGAAUUUGUGAAGGAGAUAAACUAACAGUUUGGACAACAUGGCACUUAGAGUGGAAAGAGAAACAAAUACCUUUCACUAGAGGAUGCAGCUUCUAUGAAUGCACAGAAAAUGAACAAAGGCUCAUGAUUAAAAAAGCUCGAGUCAUGAUCGAGUCACCAAUCAAGCCAGGAGCACUGGUGCUGACUCUAUUGAAGAUGGUCACACGCAUAUUUGACGAAUUCCCAACGACAACAGAGAAAUUCCUACUGAGGCCCCAUGACACACUAAGUCUGCUACUGAAGAUUUACAAUAUAUUCCUCAAGGCUUUCAUCCAUCCACUUUUUGUUUUCUACAUCAACCUCUGGAAACUUGUCUGUCAGUCACUAGGUUACAUAUUCAACAUCUUGAUCAUUGUGUUAAAGAUUUUCUUCAAAUAGAGACACAAGUAAGCGACUUCAUACCAUGUCCUACUCGAAGGAUUCUAGAGGCGAGUCAAAUAAUUGCGGCUUGAACCCAUUACAAGCAACGAGAAUGGGAUCAAACUAUUGGAUGUCCAGGGAAUGAUUUGCCACGUCUCAAGUUUCAGACCAAUAUUUAAUAUACAAUUUCAUAUAAAG